UUAUUAUUGUUUUGGACCCUUGUCCCUAAGCAACGCAAAUGGACUCCACUAAGAUUGAGUUUGCAGUUCAAAUACGCAAAAAUGACAAAUCGGACGUAGAUAAGCUGCGAGAAGCUCUGGAUGGCUUGGGUCAUGUCGAAAUCGAUGCGAUCGAGGGACGCGUGAUUGUGCAGACCACAUUCCCGUGGUCGCAGGUGCAGGACAAAAUCGAAUCCUCUGGUCGGCGUGCUGUGCUCUCAGGCUUUGGUGGUGAAUCCGCUGUAGCACUUGUCAAUACAACAGGCUGUGUCGUUGACCGGACACCUGUGCAGGGUGCAGUGCGAUUCACAACAAUUACUGCAAAGCAAGCUGGCGUUGUUGUGGAUGGCGUCGUAGAUGGAUUGGCGCCCGGGCUACAUGGCUUUCACAUACACGAGAGUGGAGAUGUAUCCGAGGGCUGUGCAUCAGUUGGCGAGCACUACAAUCCACGUAAAUCGCCACACGGUAGCCCAGAUGCGGCGGAAAAUAAACGACAUGCCGGAGAUUUGGGAAAUAUACGUGCGGAUGAUACGGGCCGCGCAACAUUCCGUUUUGUAGACAGCGGCUUGGAGAUUUGGGACAUCAUUGGACGUGCUGUGGUCAUAACUGCCAAUGCAGACGACCUGGGUUGCGGUGACAAUAAACAAAGUCUAAUUGAUGGCAAUUCAGGGGAGAGAAUUGCGUGCGGCAUUAUUGCCCGUUCGGCUGGCAUAUUGCAGAACUUUAAGCGGAUUUGUGCCUGUGAUGGAGUUACGCUUUGGGAUGAACGCAAUAAACCGCUGGCGGGCAAGGGACGUUCCCAAAAGCUUUAAUUUUUUAUUUUAUUGUUGAAGAAAUUGUAAAAAUAGAUGUAAAGAAUUGCUAUAAUUA